GACUUUUUUUAUUCUACAUUUUGACGAAGACUUUUGGAAUCCUAUAAACGAAAGAGCAAGUUCAUCAAGAUUUCUCUUGCAACUUUGUUGUGGGUUGAAAGAUAUAACACUCUACCUUUCAAAUCACAGCACACGCAACGAUAAGGAUAGAGGAUUCAUCGCAAGAUCAAAUUUAAGGAAAAGGGAGGAUUCAAUCGGAAAGUCGAUCAAGACGAGCAAACAUAAGAAGAAGAAUCACAAAAAGUUUGGUCCAACUCCAAGCAAAGAAGUAUGGCAGCGGAGGAGGCCCUCAUCUUAUCCAUGAUAAAAAAGCUGGAAAUUUGGGAAACAAGGGUUUCCUGCUUGAGCUUUCGUAAGAUCAUACCGUGCUUCUUCGAUAGCAGAAGGAGCGAAACCGAAACAAAAGUGACAGAUGAGCUGAGAAUGAUCUUGGAUAUCCUAAGAGACAAGAAACUUAAAUUAAGAGAGUGGAGAAGGCUACAUUAUUUCACAUCUGAUCUCGUUGAGAUGGCUCUCGAUGCCCUCGACCUCUACCAACACCAGGAAACCUACAGUAUCUACGAUGAGAUGGAGUCCAUCAAGUGUUGGAUCAGAGAGAUCAAACUGCGCUUGCUCAAAUUCUCAGAGAGAUCAGAAAAUGUUGGAGACGAAGAUAACGACGAAGAUGAAGAUGUGGUGGGCUUGGAGGAAGACGUGGAGCUCCUGCUCCACCCAAAGAUUUUAAACCCGAACCGAUCGCGUGGGCCUUUCAUAAUCAAAGGCAUGGCCGGUAUCGGAAAAACUACUCUGGCUAGACGAUUGUACAACCAUCCGGUCCUCGUUGAUCGAUUCGAGCGGCGUGCUUGGGUAUGUGUUUCUAAUGAGUUGACUAUCAAAGAGGUGCUGAUGAAACUAAUACAGCAGGUGGUGGUGGGAGAUAGUGAGCAAAUCCAAAGAGAUUUGUUGUUGGAAUAUAUGGAACGUGCAGACAACACAAGUCUGCAACAAAUGCUUUACCAGUGCCUGCAAGGAUUGCGAUAUUUCAUAGUUUUCGACGACCUGCCCAAGGAAAUGCGCUUCGGAUCUAUCUUGAAAGCUCUUCCAUAUGAAGGAAGUAGGUUACUGGUGACGUGUCGCUCCAGCACUAUGUCUAUACAACCAUUCCACCAUUAUAUUCAUGAGAUGGAACCUCUGGAUUUCGACCAGAGCUGGCGAUUGUUUCUCAAAACUAUUAAAUCAACAAGUGAGCACAGCUUCCCAAAGCAAAUGGAGAAAAUGGGGAGAGACAUGUUGACAAAAUGCGGCGGUGUGCCAUUAGCUAUAAAGCAGGUGGCGCGGCAGUUUGCAGAAAAGAGACAUUCUGGGAGUGAAUGGGAACAGCUUCUUCAACCAACUGAUUUCCAUGAAAUUUUGGAGGCUCUCAUCUCACCCACGAUACUCAAAAUAGACAACCUCGAACAUCGGUGGGAACUGAUGGAAGAGGUGAGCGAUGACCUUAAAACGAUAGUGGAUUUGGUGAGGGAUAAAGAAUUGGGAGAAGGGAGCAGGCUAUACUAUAUGAUAUGCGACCUCGUCGACAUGGCUCAUCAUGAUCUUGUCAAGAAUAGCAUCAUUUCUUACGACGAUCUCGGGUCCAUCGGAAAAUGGGCUGGAGAGGUCAAGCUGCACAUGCUUGAUGGCGUCGUUGGAUUAGAAAACGUUGGAGACAGAGACGAUGAAGAUGAAGAUGUGGUGGGGUUGGAGGAAGACAUGAAGCUUCUGCGUACCAGAGUUCUUCUUAAUGAGGAAAAAGGGUUUUCGAUUUCCAUGGUCACAGGCAUGGCGGGUAUUGGAAAGACGACUCUUGUUAGGAAAGUGUACAACCAUGGAGACGUUAUUGGUCAAUUCGAUCGUCGUGCUUGGGUGUGUGUUUCUUCUGAUUUUAGUCAUAAAGAGGUGCUUAUAAAACUAAUAAAACAGGUGGUAGAUUAUGACGAACUCCAAAGAGAUUCCUUGUUGGAGAAAAUGGAGCGUCCAGACAACUUUAGUCUAAGACAGAUGCUUCACAAAUAUCUACAAGGAAUGCGAUAUUUGAUAGUUCUUGACGACCUUCCCAAACAAAUAUGCUUGGAGUAUAUCUUGAAGGCUCUUCCUCAUGAAGACAAUGGAAGUAGAUUGCUGCUUGCAAGUUCCUCGGUGUAUAUAGGAGCAACCAUCAAUUACAACUAUAUUCACCAGAUCAAAUUUUUGGAUCCUGAUAAGAGUUGGCUAUUGUUUUUGAAAACAAUAUCAGCUGGCAAUAAAUCCACAAGUGAUAAUCUAGAAUUCCCAAAGCACUUGAAGGCAAAGGCGAAAGAUCAGUUGAGAAAAUGUGGCGGUUUGCCAUUUGCUAUAAAAGAAGUGGGAAGGCAAUUAGCAAAAGAGAGACGAUCAGGGGGUGAAUGGGAACAACUUCUUGAAUCAAUUGAUUUGAGUUCAACAUUGGAGUUCUUGGAAUCGAGUUAUAAAAAAUUGGAUCAAGAACUCAAGUCCUGCUUCUUGCAUAUGGCCUUCUUCAAAGAAAAUACAGCUUUAAGGAGAGAAAAAAUGGAGCAGAUUUGGGCUAUAGGAGGAAUGGUCUCAGGAGACGAAUACAAAAUUAGAUCAUAUGUAAGUAGUUUAUUUCUGGAAUCCAUGAUUCAAGAGAUGGACACGGUCACAUACGGAAGCAUAAAAACCUUUUGCGUCAAUGUCAUACUACACAGUCUAUCCAUUAAAAUGGCUGAGGAUGAAAUAGGCUUCCAGAUCCUAAGGUACAAUGGGAACAAUCAACCCUCUCAGAAUCCUCGUCACCGUGUUAUCAUUUGUAGUCGAGACAAGUUCAAUUACUCGACAAAUGAUGAUAAGCAUCUUGUUUCGCUCUUCUUCCAUGGAGGUGGCUACUUGGAAGCUAGUCCAUCUUACUGGAACAGCUUUGAAGAACUGAGGAUUCUUGACUUGGAAGAUUUCGGCAUCAAGAUUUUACCAGAAAGUAUUGGCACAUUGACAGAGUUAAGAUACUUGGGAUUGAGAAACAAUUACAUACAAGAGCUGCCAUACUCGUUGGAGUGCUUGAAGAAGCUUGAGGUUCUUGAUAUAGCUCAGAACUUUGUGGUGGAGGUGCCGGAUAUUAUAUGGGAAAUGUGUAGCCUUCUUCACCUCUACUUGUCCGAUGUGAUUUGCCGAAAGCCUUUGCAUAUAGACUUUGUCAAGAAUCUGAAAACCCUAACCUACAUCUCUAUUGAGGAUUGGAUAUAUGAGCUCAGGGGCUUGCAAAUGAUGACUAGUCUUCACAAAUUGGGCAUACAAGGAUUGCAGAGAAACUCAGAUGUAAGGAAGCUCUUUGCAUCAUUUGUUGAGCUGGAGGAUCUUAAAACCCUAAUAUUAAGAGGGUUUCGUUUCAGAAGCAUGCCUUGUCUGGACGAGCUUCGUGUUCUAAAUCGUCUCCGUUCACUCAAACUGGAUGGAAUCCUCCCUAGCACUACAAAAAAUGGUGUGAACAGUGGCGGAAAUUAA